ACAGAGAGGCUCUCCUUACGGUAUUGCCAUGACGCGUCGUUUCGCACCGUAAGCUCUCCCGCUCUAACACACCGCUCUAUCCAUCCUCUUUUCUCUCGUUCCGCGCGCGCGCAGUCGCAGUACGUACGUUCGUUGUUUCGCUCGCUCGUCGCGUUCCAGCAGCAGCAUAUCGUCUGAAAUUAAUUGUUUUGAUUCGUUCACGUAAACAGUCAAAAUAACAAAAAGAAAAAUGGCAGACACAGCAGUGGCAUCCGAGGCACCGGCUCCGGCGACGCCCGCGAAGAAACCCAAGGCGACGGCGACCGGAGGAGCCAAGAAGCCGAAAGCGAAGCCCACCCACCCGAAGACGUCCGAGAUGGUGAACAACGCCAUCAAAGAGUUGAAGGAGCGCAGCGGUUCCUCGCUGCAGGCCAUCAAGAAGUACAUCGCGGCUCAGUACAAAGUGGACGCUGAAAAAUUGGCACCUUUCAUCAGGAAGUACCUGAAGAGCGCCGUCGAGUCCGGCGCUUUGAUCCAGACCAAGGGCAAGGGCGCUUCCGGUUCGUUCAAAUUGGAAUCCAAAUCUGCGGCACCCAAGAAGCGGGCGGCGGUCAAGCCCGCCAGGGGCGCCGCCGCAGCGUCGGCCAAGUCCAAGAAGGUGACGGCCGCGUCGUCCGCCGGCAAGGCGAAGAAGGGCGCCGCCUCGAGCGCCGCAUCGUCGCCCUCGAAGGCGAAGCCCUCCGCCGCCACCAAGGACAAGAAGGCGGCCGCCGCGAAGAAGAAGCCCGCCGCCAAGAAACCCGCCGCCGCCGCCAAGGGUAAGGCCGCCGCUGCGCCGAAGGCCAAGAAGACCGCCAAACCGCCAACCAAGAAACCCAAGGCGCCCAAACCGAAGAAGGCCGCCGCAACACCGAAAUCCAAGCCCGCGGCCAAGAAGGCGUCCGCCGGCAAGAAGUAAGCCGCCGC